AUGCCGUUGAGGGUAGCCCCGAAGCGAAUUAUACGUCGCUUCACGGUAAAGCGAGGGCGGUCAUCGAAAACACCUUUGGCAGAUUGGAGGUGUGUCAACAAGGAUCGCACUCUUCACUAUUCACCGGAAAAGUGCGCCAAAAUAAUAAUAGCUUGUUGUGUAUUACAUAAUAUAGCCCUUAAAUUUGGCGUACCUGAUCCAGAGGAGAACGAUCCUACUAUUGAAGAGGACCCCGUAUCUCAACCAACCGAAUCAAUUGCAGGGAAUACGAGUUCGAGCGGCGAUUUAAUAAGAGGCCGUGCUCUAAGAAGACUUCUUGUAGAUAGAUUAAAUUUAAUG